AUGACAUAUGCCCAUUCAAGACACUACAAACAGGACUGCGAGGUGAAGCACAGACAGAAAGCAGUGGUUGCGAGGCUGAAGAACGAAGUGGAGGAGCCAGAAAAGUACCGAAAACAAGCCAACGGACCAAGGUCUAGCCUUGCUCCCGCUGAUAACUUCGCUGACGGGCACCAGAUUUCAAACAGCAGCAAACGCUCCAACAAUCAAAAUCAAAAACAAAAAUCAAAGACAAAACAAAAACGGAAAGUAAGGAAAGGUGAGUGCCUGCCCCAGCCCUCACAUCCCGUCCCGGCCCCAACCCCCACGGCUCCCCGGGCCGGAUCCGCUCGCUUCCAAAUCAAAACAACAGAAAGUCACGGGGCGGAUCCGAAAAGGCCCCGGCGGAGGGCCCGCGGGGGUGCGGGGUCCGAGUCCCGGGGUCUGUGUGUCCCGAAGCGGGUCACUCAGAGGCCACCGCCCCGGACCCCACAGCCCCUCCGACACCCCGAUCCCCUCCGGACACUCUCCCCGCACCUCCCGGCCGCCGACCUCCCCGCCUCCCCCGCCCCGGCUCCGCCGCCGCCGCCGCGCACGGCACCGGGCGCCCGGGACACGCCGACCCGCGCGGCCGAGCCCCCGGGAGGAGCGGCGUUACCUGCGGCGGAGGCGGCCGGUCCGGCCCGCCGCCGCGGCGUGCAGGCUCCGGCACCAGGACCCCGCGAGCUCCGCGGCAGCCGCCCGCCGCCGCCGCCGCCAACCCCGCCGCCAACGCCGCCGCGCGGAGGGGCGGCGCCCGGACCUGCCGCGGAGGAAGCCAGUCCGCCCGGGACUCCCGAGCCGCGUCCCCGAGACCUGGGCAUGCGCCGCCGACGGCCACUCGGCGGUGAGGGCGCCGAUGUCAACAAGGCCCGGGGACGCCCCAUCCCGGCCACGCCCCCUCGGCGCUCGCCACGCCCCCUCAGACCCCAAACAACGCGAGGCCUUGCGAGGGGGGUCUGGGGCUGGCAGCGCGGUCUCGGGGAACAGAUCUCGCGAGAGCAGGGGCAGCCUCGCGGGUUCCGGAAGUGCGGAGCUCCCGGCGGAGUGGUCCGCGGGGGCGGCGGCGGCGGCGGCGGCGGCGGCGCGGCGGGGACGGAGGAGGUCGCCCUCCCGCGGUGGGGCAGUGGCUUGGAUGUAAUCCACCUGGGUCAUCUCUCUCCAUGGUGAUGUGUACAUGAUGGAAGGUGCGAUACCCUUUGGACCAUUCUCUCAACCCCUUGAGAUUGUGCUUCCUGGCAGUGGUCCACCGUUUGGCUCGAAGAAACUCACAGAAAUUCUUCCCAGCUUGGAAUGUUUCUCAGGACCAAGUACUGUUCUUGUGUGGAAGUAGUUGAGUAGCAAAAAAGCCAUCGACUAUGUAUCUUCCAGUGACACAUCCCAUGAGGCCACCCCAUCUCCACCUUCUGACCGUUUAUGAUUAUGCCUCCAUUUAGCAUCUUUCAUGCAUGAUUUACUUCUGGUGAGUGCGUGUCUCCUAAUUUGUAAUCC